AUGGCUUCCGAAUCAAUCCCCGAUGGUCACACCGUUACCAAGCGUUUGCAAUCCGAGCUCAUGCAGUUAAUGAUGUCUAGCACCCCAGGUAUUUCUGCAUUCCCUGUUUCCGAUUCAAAUAUUCUUCUCUGGGCUGGCACCAUUGAGGGCCCAUCUGAUACAUACUACGCUGGCCUUAAGUUUAAAAUUUCAAUCGAUUUCCCUGCAAAUUAUCCAUACACAGCACCCACAGUCAAAUUUAUAAGUCCCAUGUGGCACCCCAAUGUUGACAUGAGUGGAAACAUUUGCCUCGAUAUUCUUAAGGAAAAAUGGUCUGCCGUUUAUAAUGUCCAAUCUAUUCUGCUUUCUCUCCAAUCUUUACUUGGAGAACCAAAUAAUUCAUCUCCACUUAAUGCUCAGGCCGCACAACUCUACGAUUCAAACCCAGAAGAGUACAAACGUCUCUUGAUGGAACGCUACCAGGAAAUUGAUGCGUGA